AUGUCAUCCUGCAGCUCUUCGCUCACCUACAAGCUCGUCUUGGUCCAGCAACCGACCAUUGGAUCGGCGUUCGAAGACAAUUUGCUGGGGCGGCUUGGCCUUGCACCUCCACUGAUCGUGGAGCUCCAGGUGUUUCGAGACGGCAAGAUCUCGGAUGCUACUGCCGAGCUUCCCUUCCUCAUCUGCCAGUGCUCGCUGCUCGACGAACAGGGCAGGGUGGCAGAUAUGGUCGAUCAGAGAGUAGGCUCUGCUUCGCAGCAGAGCCAGGAAGCAACAACCGCACCUGCAGCCGUUUCGGCCGUGCCGAGGCGCGGUCGGAGCGUCCGAAACAAGAUCAGCCAUCGUGGCGGCUUGGCCGAUGGGACGGCGACGCCGCUCUCGCUGGACUCGACGGAAGCAUCGACAAGCAGUGCCUCGGAGGAUACCCUGACGCCCGGUACGGGAGAACCAUCAGCAACGCAGCUGUCGGGACGAGACUCGCCGCAGAUUGUCCGCAUGCUCUAUGGCACACUCGCGGCAGGGCCUCAGCAGUACAUUUCGCCGAACGCCGACGAGGAGGAAAAGGCGUACUUCUUCUUUCCCGAGCUCAGCAUCCGCACUCCCGGCCGCUUCAAGAUCCGAUGCACGCUUCUGCGGCUCUCGCUACCCGGCAUGGAGGCGGCCGAGGUGGGAAGCCUCGCCUCGGUCGAGACGCAGACGUUCGAGGUGGUCAAACGCACCGACUACUCGGCGCCUUACAUCACCGACAUCUCGCGCCACUUUGCCCGCCAGGGCGUACCGCUUCUCUUACCUCCCGGUGUCUCUGCCGAGUAG